UAAGUGCAAGUGCCCAAGAUAACGCGCGAAGACCACCGCCAAGUGUCCACCAUCCUUGUAGACGCUACUACUUUGCUCAAAAUCCACCUCCGCCUCUCAUUGUCGACGUGAAUCUCCUUCAACUUUGAUUCGAGAUCAACAAAAUCCACAGGAAUAUAUCUAUCUUGUACUAGCUGACAGAGAAGCUCCGCCGGAGCCAGGGAGGUCGCAACGCAGCGAUAUGGAAACAACCGACGAGGAGAACGCUCUGCUUCUUCGUCUCCAUCCCACUCCGCAGGUCGUAGCUUCGGAGUACGCAAGUGAUGGUUCAGUUGAUAUCAACAAACAACCUGCUCUCAAGCACAGAACGGGUAACUGGAGGGCAUGCUACCCCGUCUUAGGUGUUGGAUUCAGUGAAGGCAUGGUGUUCUCUGCAAUCGCGACGAAUUUAGUGACGUAUCUCACCACUGUGCUCCACGAGAGCAAGGUGGAUGCAGCGAAAAAUAUCUCCGCCUGGUCCGGAGUGUGCUUCCUCACGCCACUUCUUGGGGCUUUCGUUGCGGACAGUUACUUGGGAAGGUACUGGACCAUUGUUGUGGUCCUCCCGGUCUACAUCGUGGCAAUGCUCGUCCUGAUAGCUUCAGCAUCACUCCCGGUAUUGUUCCAGAGCGACGUGCACCCUGCAGUGGUUUACCUUGGUCUCUACCUUGCCGCCAUUGCCAGCGGUGGCGUGAAGCCCUGCAUUUCUGCCUUCGGGGCUGAUCAAUUUGACAGCAAUGACCCGGCGGAGCUGGUGAAGAAGGGCUCCUUCUUCAACUGGUACUUCUUCCUGACGACCACCAGCUCCCUGCUGUCUGGCACCGUGAUUGUUUGGCUGCAGGACAAUGUUGGGUGGGCAGUCAGCUACGUGAUCCCGACCGUGCUCAUGCUCAUCUGUUUCCCCGCAUUUUUAGCUGGCUCCAGGGUGUACAGGUUUAGGGAAAUGGGAGUAAGCCCCCUUGUGAGCUUACUUCAAGUGGUUGUUGCAGCUGUCAGGAAGUGGAAUGCCAAACUGCCGGACGAUAGCUCGCUGCUAUAUGAGCAGGCCAGUUCACCUUGUACGACUGAAGCAAGUCAUAAGAACAAGCAUACCAAUCAGUUCAGGUUCUUUGACAAGGCCGCCAUUGUCCCACCAGGCAACGAAUCCACGGUGCAGACGAGUCCAUGGAGGCUCUGCACAGUGACACAGGUCGAGGAGCUAAAGAUGCUGCUCUUGACGCUGCCUACCUGGGCGUCGUUCGUGAUUUUCUACGCAGUCACGUCUCAGAUGCAGUCGACGAUGAUUGAGCAAGGCAUGCUCAUGGACAACCACGUUGGCUCGUUUGCCAUCCCGCCGGCAUCCAUGCCGAUCAUUGGUGUGCUCAGCUUCCUCAUCUGGGUCGCCGCCUAUGAAACCGUCCUAGCGCCAUUGGCGCGGCGCUUCACCGGGAACGAGAAGGGCUUCUCCCAGUGGCAGCGCCUCGCGAUCGGCCAAGCCCUGUCCAUUCUGACAAUGGCGCUUGCUGCGCUGGUGGAGACAAGGAGGCUGGCGAUCGCGGAAGCCAGCGGGCUGAGGCAUCGGGAGGUGCCGGUGCCCAUGAGCAUCCUGUGGCAGGGCCCAGUUUUCUUUGUGCAUGGUGCGGCCGAGGUCUUCGGUGCCAUCGGCAUGACAGAGUUCUUCUACGACCAAGCCCCGGCGACCAUGAAGAGCCUGUGCGCCGCGUUCGGGCAGCUCGCGGUGGCUUCCGGGUCGUACCUCAACACGGUCGUGCUCAGCGUCGUUGCGUUGGCCACAACGCGCGGCGGCGCAACCGGAUGGAUUUCGGACAACCUCAAUGAAGGCCAUCUUGACUAUUUCUUCUGGAUGAUGGCCGCUCUUAGCUUGCUGAACCUAGCUCUGUUUGUGCGCUACUCAAUGCGGCAUACAGACAGGCAACGUAAGCAAGACCUUGGUUUAUCAUAAUUUCAGGAAAAAUAUGUGAACAAAGCAGACUAGAAGCUAUAUGGACAGACUACUCAUGAAUAGUAACAUUGUAUGAAACAGCUAAAUGCAUGUAACAACUUAUUCAAUAUAGGGUCUCUCGAGGGAUAUCGUUAGAAGCUUAUUUAAGAAAAAAGAGACAAGCUCUUAGCGAAUA